AAUUUACAGCCCACUGCCCGCAACUCUACUAGAAAGGUAAAGGAUCGCGACGAAACCGGUAGCUAGACCGAGGAAUGGCGACAAUGACGCGGCAGCUUUCAGUUUCACUUGUUUUGUUCGUGAUCCUCUUCAACACCAUUGCCCUGAAUCAGGCCAAAUCAACGAAGGAUUUAAAGGAAGUAACGCACAAAGUUUUCUUUGAUAUCGAGAUUGCUGGAAAGCCUGCUGGUCGCAUUGUGAUGGGCCUUUUUGGAAAAACUGUCCCCAAAACUGCGGAAAACUUCAGAGCACUUUGUACAGGUGAAAAAGGUGUUGGCAAAAGUGGGAAACCUCUCCAUUACAAGGGAAGCACAUUCCAUAGAAUCAUUCCCAGCUUCAUGCUCCAGGGUGGUGAUUUCACCCUCGGAGAUGGCAGAGGAGGCGAGUCCAUUUAUGGAACCGAAUUUGAUGAUGAGAACUUCAAAAUCAAGCACAAAGUACCGGGAUUGCUUUCCAUGGCUAAUGCUGGCCCUGAUACUAAUGGAUCACAAUUCUUCAUCACAACUGUAACAACUAGCUGGCUGGAUGGGAAACAUGUUGUCUUUGGUAAGGUUCUCUCUGGUAUGGACGUUGUGUACAAAAUUGAAGCAGAAGGCCAACAAAGUGGAACACCCAAAAGCAAGAUUGUGGUCGCUGAUAGUGGGGAGUUGCCUUUAUGAUGAGCUCGUCUCUUACCUCGAAAAUAAACUUAAGCUUCCCUAUUUAUGGGCCAUGUAAGAACCCUUUUGCUUAAGUUCAGAACGGAUCUUGUGGUGCCUAAUAAAUAUAAUUCAUUCAGUUACUCUACUGUUUCAUUUGGAAUGCCAAAGUCUUAAGGUUUCCUUCUA